CACUUUUUGUUUGAUAUUCUCUCUUUCUUUCUCCGCUCAGAUGCCAGUCCAACGCAUAGAAAACUGUCCCUGAGUCAUGUUCCAUGGUUAACCUAUCGACCAUGGACACCUCAAAUUCCUGCCCUGAACCUUGAGAAAAGACCACCAAUUCUCGAAGUUUAACCUGGCAAUCUCUCGCGGCUGCGUCAAUUCAAAGAUGCUCAGAUGCUUCAGCACCUGCAUGAGGUCUCUCAGCCAUGAGAAUCCUCUGAAUCUCCCCCGUCAGUCAGCCAUUCGCAAUGCGCAGUCCAAAGGCCCACCACCGAUGUUACCACGCGCGCAACGCGGGCUCCCCACCAAGCGCCGUCUCCGCAACGUCGCACACACCAUUGCAGUGUCCAGCGCAAAAGGGGGAGUAGGCAAGUCGACACUUGCGGUCAAUCUGGCAUUGUCAUUCUCGCGCCAUGGGCUCCGAACAGGCAUUCUCGACACUGACAUCUUUGGCCCUUCAAUCCCGACCCUCCUCGGCCUCUCUGACGCCCUCGAACCCAAGAUCACGCCCGACACCAAUCUCCUAGUACCACUGACGAGCUACGGCGUCAAGAGCAUGAGUAUGGGAUAUCUGUUACCAAGCGAGUCGGCCCCAGUUGCUUGGCGGGGCCUCAUGGUCAUGAAGGCAUUACAGCAACUCCUCCAUGAGGUCGACUGGGGUUCUCCAGGCCUGGACGUACUGGUGCUGGAUCUUCCCCCUGGCACGGGUGAUGUUCAGUUAACCAUAGGACAGCAAGUCGAGUUGGACGGCGCCGUCGUGGUGUCCACCCCUCAGGACGUCGCACUCAAGGACGCCGUCAAGGGUGUCGCAAUGUUCCGCAAGAUGGACAUCUCCGUCCUCGGCAUGGUCCAGAACAUGAGCGUCUUUGUGUGUCCGCACUGCGGCACCGAGACCAAGAUUUUUUCGCAUGCCGAGCAUGGAUUGGGUGGUGCUGAGGCCAAAGCAAAGGACUUGGGUGUCAACUUUUUGGGUGAUGUGCCACUUGAUGCAAGGAUCUGUGCCGAUGCGGACCGUGGCAUGCCCACUGUUGUCAGCGAGGAGGCUGCGGGCAAAAAGAUCAACACUGUCUACUACGAGGGCAUUGCGGAAAAAGUGGCGAGGCAAAUCGGCUUGCCUUGGACAUGAGUCAGAUAGGUGCACGCUCUACCCGACCAUUUUGUAAGAUUAGCAUCAUCUGUUGAACCAGUGAGCUUUUUUUGUACAGGAAUCCAUUGUGUAUAAUAUCUUGUCUGAACGUUGGACAACAUUAUAUCAGUCAGUUGACCUAGUUACUCCUAGAUGAAUGGACUCGGCGGGCGGCGUAUGGCUGUUUUGGCCUUUGAAGGUGCAUCUUUCACAUCAUUCGCUUACAAUGCAGAAUAUAUUCGC